GUUAUGUUGUGGCUCGCAAUCGCGCGGUUUCCCCUUUACCCAUGUGGCGAUCUGUCAACAGUAUCGGAGUCGUCGAGGAGUAGACUACUUCGAGACCGCGCGUGAAACGCAAAUCUCUCUCGUGUUAUACACGCGACAGGUACAUACAAGACAAUACCGUGAGGAUCGUCCCGCGACUGUAAUCAUGGAUCGAGCCUUUUUAAACGUGAUGAUCCUCAGCUGGGGAUUUAUGCUGGUCUUCACGGCAUUUCAAACGAUGGGCAAUAUAGAGAAAACUGUCUUGAACAGCAUCUCGGAGGAAUUUGAAGACUUCCAUGGUAAUGCUUAUGUCAGCCUGGCCAUAAUCUAUGCCGUAUUUGCGACCUGCAACUGGUUAACACCGUCCUACAUUUCCGUGACAGGGCCACGAAUAGCGAUACUUACAGGUGCCUGUUGUUAUGUCCUGUUCAUCGCCUCGUUCUUCUGGCCACACGAUGCCUUGUUGUAUACCAUGUCCGCUAUCGUCGGGAUUGGCGCCGCUCUGAUGUGGACCGGCCAUGGACAAUACCUGACGGAAAACAGUGAUAACGAAACAAUGUCACGGAACGCCGGUAUAUUUUGGGCGAUUUUUCAGACAUCGCAGUUCGCCGGCAAUCUGUUCGUCUUCUUCAUCUUCACAAAGUCCAAAAUUGACAAGGAGCAACGGACAAUCGUAUUCAGCGUGCUAACUGGCCUCGCGGUAGUCGGUACUGGGGUAUUACUCGUACUGAGAAAAUCGCCACCGAAGUUAUUGCUGGGUGAGGCUGAGGGGGUAUCUAACGCCGACAAAGAAUUACGCCUGCCGGAACCAAGACGUGAGAAACCACUGCUGGCUGCAUGGAACGCCUUCGUGGAUGCAAUUAGGCUCUUCCUCACGUCGAACAUGCUGCUACUAUCAUUGACGUUUAUUUAUACAGGUCUCGAGCUUACCUUCUAUUCCGGUGUGUAUUCUAGCAGCAUUGGCUUUGUGAAGGCAUUGGGUGAGGAUCGCAAGAAAUUGGUAGGACUAUCUGGUAUCUUUAUUGGUGUCGGCGAAGUCGUGGGCGGCGCGGUCUUCGGCAUUCUCGCGUCCAAGAUAUCCCGCAAGUGCGGUGGCUGGCCGGUGAUACUCACUGGUCUGACCGUGCAUCUAUUUGCCUUCAUCAGCAUCUUUCUGAAUCUACCAAACGAUGCGUCGUUCCAGGACACAGAUAACGUGGGUUACAUUGAGACAUCAAAACCCCUCGCAUUGGCAGGCAGUCUUGCCCUCGGUUUCGGCGACGCUUGCUACAACACACAGGUCUACUCCCUGUUGGGCGUCCUGUUCGCUAACGAGAGCGCAUCGGCCUUCGCUCUCUUCAAAUUCUGUCAAUCUGUUGCAGCAGCCAUUAGCUUCUCAUACAGCACUGAGGUGGGAUUGUACGUACAACUCGCGGUAUUACUCGUGGCUAUAUUCAUCGGUACGGGGGCCUUCUGCUACGUCGAAUACAAAGUAAAAAAAUCGAAGAAUGAAUCCCCACAGGAAAUUGAUCCAGCGUUGGUCGACGCCACAAGCGGUGAAGAUUGAUAAGGCUAGUUAAAUGCAAAUUCUUUAGGUUGUAAAGAUACAUAGCGAGUUCGAAUGCGAAUGAAGUGUGCGAAAGCUUUCGAGGAAUAACAUCGUGGAACAGAAGAAAAAUGUUGCUUGCGUUAAAAGCAACUCACGGUAGCUCGAACGAGCGUUAACGCAGAUUAUUUUAGUAUAUUAACGAUAAGAUUGAUAAGAUAUUUUUGUAAAUAUAAGUAUUGGAUGAUGUAUGAAUCCUUCUAAUAAUUGAAGACUUUUUACAUUAGCAUAUCUCAAAAAAAAAAAGCAGCACGAAAAUAUUAAUUAUGAAUUGCGAGUUUUUUUGUGAUUUCUGUUUUUCAAAAUGCUAAUGUAAGAAGUAUUUAUUAUACGUUCAAGCUCAACAAUGGAUGCUUUCCAUUUGAUGACAGUCGACAC